GUCCUGGAGUUUACGGAAUGGGCCCUUAUGGACCAGGUGUAGGUGGAUUUGGAGUGGAUUCUAUAUAUGGACCAAAAUUAGGUGAAGGCAGCUUUGCAUUUGAUCCUUAUUUUAAUCCUGGACGAAGUAAUUUGCAUUCGCUUUAUGGAGCACCUAGGCAAAAGUGGGCAAAUGGUAUUGAAACUCAUUCUGACAGUCCACGUGCAGCAGGUGUAGAUGGUAUUAGAACACAUCUUGAUAAUCAUCGUGAAACAGGUCCAGGUGGCUUUGGAGCGGGUAGUAUUUUGAUGCCAGGAACAGGUCAAGUCGGUUAUGGAGAAGAUCCAGCUUGUGCACAUGGAAAAGCUGAAGCUGGUGCUGAAGUCAGUGCGGGAUCCGAAGUAGGAGCAGGAAUUGUUUCUUCAAAUCAUAUUGGUGCAAUGGGAGUUUCAGGUGCAAGGGGAGCUGGUGCUCAAUCAGGAGCUUCAGGUGCAAUGGGAGUUUCAGGUGCAAGGGGAGCUGGUGCUCAAUCAGGAGCUUCAGGUGCAAUGGGAGUUUCAGGUGCAGUGGGAGCUGGUGCUCAAUCAGGAGGUUCGGGUGCUUCAGGUGCAAUGGGAUUUGGUGCGCAAUCAGGAGGUUCAGGUGGUUCAAGUGCAAUGGGAUUUGGUGCGCAAUCAGGAGGUUCGGGUGCUUCAGGUGCAAUGGGAUUUGGUGCGCAAUCAGGAGGUUCAGGUGGUUCAAGUGCAAUGGGAUUUGGUGCGCAAUCAGGAGGUUCAGGUGGUUCAAGUGGAAUGGGAUUUGGUACGCAAUCAGGAGGUUCAGGUGGUUCAAGUGCAAUGGGAUUUGGUGCGCAAUCAGGAGAUUCAGGUGGUUCAAGUGCAAUGGGAUUUGGUGCGCAAUCAGGAGAUUCAGGUGGUUCAAGUGCAAUGGGAUUUGUGCGCAAAGGAGAUUCAG